AUGUGCUCCUUAUCAACUCGUGUUUAUAUCUUGAUAGUUCUGCAAAUGUUUCAUGUGGUAUAUGCAGGUCAGUUUGCAAUCAUUCCGCCCCCAAACCCUGUCAUUGGGUUUCUUGGAGAAGACAUAAUCCUGCCAUGCCAGCUAACAACUUCCAAUGUAGAUGAAGGUAUCAGCUUCACUGUCCACUGGACCUUUGACAGUUCCUCAGAAAAAAUUGAUGUGAUGUCCUUCGAUGGAAGAAAGAAGGUAGAAACGCAGGACAAGAGAUACCAAGGUCGAACAGAGCUCUUCCACUCUGAGUUUAGCAGAGGGAACAUGUCCUUGAAUUUGAAAAACAGCCAGCUCUCUGACCAGGGACAAUACACUUGCAUGAUCAGCCUUGAAAACUGGUAUGACCAGGCAGUCAUUCAGUUGAAUAUGAUGGCAAAAGGAGAAGAGCCCUCCAUUUCCUUGGAGCAUUAUGAGGGCAAAGGUAUUGGCCUCACUUGCAACUCUAAGGGUUGGUAUCCAAAAUCUCAGACUGUCUGGCUGGACAGCAAAGGGAAAAACCGAACUGAGAAAUCUGAUACCACAACCACAGAGACCCCAGCUGGGACCUUCAGCAUUUCCAGUUACAUUAUAGUGCAGCCCGGAGUUGACAGUGAGAUCUCUUGCAAAAUCAUCAGCAGUGCCUUGCAGCUGGAGAGUGAAUCCAGGAUCCUGAUCUCAGUUUUGAUUCUCUCACCAUUCCUGAUUCUCUCACCCUCCCUGAUUAAGAGCUAUGGGAAUGGGUAA